AUGCAUGCCACAGCCGACAGUUCAACUCUUGCGACCAACCUCGCGACGCCUUCCCCCGACACGUCCACAACAUCAACAUCGCCGCCGUCGCUCACCCCCGCGCUAUCUGUGUCUCCAAAUGACUCCGGCGCCUCCGUUUCCCGACGCCUAAAGUCCAAAUCAUCCCUGUGGAGCUUGGGGAGCAGCAACAACAACAACGAAGAAGAAUCUGUCCCUGCUGAGCCGACCGGCGCUGGCCGAACAUCGAUCCUCCGCCGACUCUCUCCCGCCCUCGCGGCUCGCGUCAAGCUGCUGGACGGCAGUAAUAGAUCCGCAGCGCAGAACCGGAAUGCCAAUGCAGUCGGUCGGAUCCCCGAAGAGCACCUAAAGGAGCUUGACAAUCUUCACCAAGACCUUUCGAUCAAGGUAAAGAGGAAAGGCCAGGCGUGGAAUCGAAUGAACAUAUCACCCAGACAAACCAAAGAGUACAAGCGGGGCACAUUGAAACGGGUCAAGCUACCCCAGCAAGAUACCCCCCGAGAGAUCGUAGACGUGCAAAGAAAAGGCCUGGAGUCAUCCGAAGCAGUUGUGGACGGUCCUGAACUGCCCACUCCGCCCACCAUUGUGGUUCCGGAGACCGCCCAGCCCAUGGAACAGAUCAGCCCACCCACGUCCAUGUCUGUUGCAGAGCCGGUUCUUGCGCAGUUGCGCGCAGCCCCCAUGCCCAACCUCCAACCCGCCAAUAAUACUCAAGAUGCCCGGACCGACUUCGAAAAAUAUGUCGACGAUACCGCACGGAGAGAGGAACGGUCCACUGAAGAGCGGUCCACUGAAGAGCAGUCCGCUGAAGAGCAGUCGACUCUGAAACCACCUCCUAAAGACUCACCUCCCGCCGACGCCGUGCGCUCGCGCUCUUCAUCCAAUUCCAACUCGCAAUCAUAUUUCAACCCAAUGGGUUUGCAGCGCGCAGACUCAAUUUACUCUUUCUCCCGUGCAUCCUUCAGUAACCAGCUCUCGCAGCUGACCUCCAUUCCUCUCCCACAACCAGCCUCGCUCGAGGCCAGCAUUGAAAACAUUGCCACGGCGUUGUCUGCAGUGCGGGCCUUGAACGGCGCUGCAGAGCAAAUUCAAAUCUGGAUCAAGAAGGCCUCAGAUGUGCUGAACGGCUUAGAUUCUGAAGACGACGUGGAAUGGGCUGCGGCUGGUGGCCGGGAAGGGCUAGACGAAGUCGAUAAAGCCAUCACGCGGUUCGAGUGCCUGGUCAAUGUGUACGUUAGGGCUAUUGAGAAUGUCCAACUUCGAGACGACAUCGCCACCGUGGACGUGGACAACUUAAAGACUAUUGUGAGCCAGAUGGAAAGCAUUCUGCAAAACUGGACUCAGAUCAAGACAAAGCUGAAAGGCAUUAAGGAACAGGUUGAAUUGGCAAUGGAGUGGGAAGAGCUUUGGUCGAACGUGUUGGGCGAUGUGGGUGUGGAAAUUGACAACUUGAGCGGGCUGAUAUUUGAGAUGGAAGAAAAGCGACAUCAGGCGUUAAUGGACACGAGCGAUACCAGCGGUGGCCUUGACAUCAAUGAGCUGGAGACGAUCGUGGAAGAGUCUCCUGCGAAGGCCCGUGGACAUACGCAAAACCGUCUGAGUAUUGGGCCUCUCUUGACCUCGACAUCUGGCACCCCCGUUAUCAAAACACCGCAGGAUGACACCAGUCACUCUAACCUCAUGGCUAUCUUUGCUCGUAUGCAGCCCUUGAAGGCAUCCUUGGAGUUUUUGCCCAUGCGACUAUCAAUGUUCCAAGGACGUGCUGAAAACAUUUUCCCGAGCGCAUGUGAGGAGAUUGAGGACCGGCGAAAUCAGUUGGAGAAGAGCUACAAAGUUCUUGAGACCGAUGCUGAAGCUCUCCUGAAAGAGUUGGCAGAAGACAAGUGGAUCCUGGUUUUCCGCAAUGCCGGAGCUCAGGCACAAAAGAUGUUUCUAUCGGUUGAACGUAGCAUCGGAAAGCUUCAAGACGGUCUGGAAACUGGCAUGCAGGUGCACAACCCUUCAUCUCUAACCAAGCUCAUUGAAAACUACGAGGCGAAGAAAAUGCAUUAUGUUCCUGCUAUUGAGCGUGUGGUCUCCAUCAUUCAAAAGGGUAUUAACGACCGAUUGACUGUCAACGGGGAGAUUCUUCGUCUGCUAUCUGACAUGACAUCCCGAACGGAUGCCCUCAAGGCCAGCACCAAGGUAAUGGAUACAUCACUCGAAGACCUGCACAUUACCAAGGGCCACCAGCUACGCGACUCGAUCUCCAGCAUCCUCACAGUGGACAGUCCAGCCACAGGCAGUGCCAUCGAGACCCCAGGAAGCUCGCCUGCGUCGUCCGUCGUCAUGGCCGGCAACGGAUGCAAGCGCGCCUCAACCCCCAUGGGCAACUCCGGCCGUCGCGACAGUUCAGUCAGCAGUUCCACAGCCCGCUCGACUAUGCCCCCAAACCGUCGUUAUUCUAGCUUGCCGCAGGCUACAGCGACUCACACCGGUCGAAAGUCCUCCAUUCCCCAACCCACGGGCUUGGUGUCUCCAACCCCAUCCCACAGGUCCUCAAGCUUUUUCACACCGACCCCUGCUCGUUCUCGUACCCCAGCGCCGCCAUCUACAAUUUCUAAUCGCCCGCGCUGGAACGCCAGUACGAACUUGAAUGACCUUUACAACUCGAGCUUGCGGAAGUCCUCCGCACCAGUCGCCCGCACAUCCCGGCCAUCAUCUACAAUGUCCUUCUCCAAUUCUCUCCGACGAGAGACAUCUGCAUCUCCGAUUUCCGGCGGUUUUCGAUCAGCCAGUCGCGUCUCGAGCCGCUUUGGUUCUCGGAGUCCCCAUCGGAACAUGCUAUCUCCCACACCAUCGCGGUCCUCGCUCCUCGACCCACCUCCGUACAGCGGGCUCCAUCGACCAGCAGGGAUGUCAAGCACACCUCGCAGUCGGCAGAGCUUUGCGGGCCCGUCCACAACUUUCAGUCGCAGUGUGUCAGGAGCCCCAGGUGGGAUGGAGAGCCCAAGAAAAUCCUCACGGCCAGGUACAUCGCUAGGCCAUUCUAGCGGCCGGCGAGCCAGUCUACUCCCGCUUCCUAAGCGAACGGAGAAGGAGCAGGCAAAGCCGGUGGAUUCGCGUCCACGGUGGCGCCACAACUAA